GCUUCGCACUCUGGCAUUGCUGGCAUCAAGCGCAGGGCUCUUGCUCCUGCUAGCUGGGCACUUCGCCUCAGAGGCCUUUGUCACGAGUUCGCUCAAGCAGGGCCGAGACCUUUCUGUCGGACGAGCUGUCUCCCACAGUGGCUAUGCGCAAGCCAGGUACCAGAAGGAGAUUAGGGAAAUGAACGAUGAGGAGCUUCAUGAUGUCAUCGCUUUUUCGCGGCAGAAGCUGCUACGUUUCCGCCUGGAGAAAUUCCGCAAAAAGAAACCAUCUGCGGGCAUGAAGUACGAAUGGCAAUACAAGAUUGCACUGGCCAAGACCUUCCUGAAGGAACGGGAGCGUGCAGCCUUGGCUGGCCAGGAGGUAACAACCGAACCUCUCUCGAAAGACUUCCCUGCCCGUCUCACCUUGGCUGAGCAGAUGAAGCAGGAUGAGGAUCUCGAGUUGGCCAAAGCCGAGUGGCAUGACAUUGGAGGUUGGGGUAGCAGGCCUGUUGGUUCAAAGGUGGACAACUACCCUCCACAAGUUGGCUUCGACAAGAGGUACUACAAGCUGUAUGGAAAGCUCUACGAUGCGAAGAAGAAAACCGAGAAACAAAGUGGAUGGUCCUGGGAUCCCAAGCUUUCCAAGAGGCCUACCGUUUUCCCUCCUGACGACUACCUGUAUCAGACUGCGAGCAAGGAAACUACCAAGCCUGAAGAUCGUGAAAGAGUGAGGUGGUGGGAUACCUUUGACAAGGAUUCCAUCGACAUCCACAGGGCCAGGAAGGUCCCACCGGGCCACGCAGGGUAUGGGCCUACUAUGGCAAUGACGGGCAACGGAAAGAGGGAGGGAGCUUGAGAAAUACCACAUUUAGGCCAAGGCAGCUGCAGAAGCCUUUGCCACAGAGAAGGCCACAGGUCCCAGCUCUGCAACACUCUUUGCGGGUGCAGCGCUUCUGGGCUUCAUGGCAGUCAGAGGCCGAAGACUUUGAAUGUGAGAGCUGAGCCACCUGCGUGAAUGGCUUCACCUGCAAAGGCAUGGCAAGAAGCACGUCUGAUUCUCUAGAUUUGACCUUCGGGCGGAGCAAGCCAAGCAGCCAUGCUGAAAAGACUUGUGACGAAA